ACCAGCUGAUUGAAGUGUCGGGCAGUCGCAAAUUACAGUACUUGCAUGUAAUUGCAUCGUGGUUCUAGUGUCAUAACACAAAUUAUUUAUUCAUUAAUAACACGUGUAAAUGACAAUCGCCGAUUAGUAACUAAAACAUUUGCUCGAGCAUGAAGAAACAGCGGCAACCAGUUGAGACUGUGGAUAAGGAGAAUUACUAUGAAAAAGAAAGACCAUUUAUUACAUUGAAGAGGCAAUGUGGGAAGGCAUGGAACAGUCUGAGUCAGUUUUUAAUUGAUACAAGGAUGUGUGAAGCAGUGGAAAUAGUCUCGCAGUACCUGCUGUCAAAUCCAGUUCUUCUGGCAGCUUGUAUAGCCAUUAUAUCAGCAGUUGCGAUUCCACUCUUGCUGUUUCUUCUUUUUGCCAUUGUCAAUGUGGCAUUUGCAUUCACAAGUUUCAUUGUCAUAGAAGUCAGCGUAUUAACGAUAGGAGCAACUGUUCUUGGCUGUAUGCUAUUUUGUGUAAUUAGUGUCAUAACGAUAAUGGGAUUAAGUUUAGUACUUACGUACUACAUAGCGUAUUACAUAUUGUCAGUUAUCAGGAGUAUGAAAGCAACAACAGGUUAAAAAAAAUGUACAACAAGUAUUUCUCAACCAUCUCGAGGUUAUGCAUAUUAUGAGAGGAACAAUUAUAAAAAUAUUAAUAUAUGUAUUUAUUAUUGAUUUGAA